AUGGAGAGAGGAGGAGACAAGGAGAGAGGAGGAGACAAGGAGAGAGGAGGAGACAAGGAGAGAGGAGAGGAGAGCAGAGGAGAGAAGGAGAGGAGACAAGGAGAGGAGAAAGGAGACAAGGAGAGAGGAGAGAGACAAGGAGAGAGGAGAGGAGACAAGGAGAGAGGAGAGGAGACAAGGAGAGAGGAGAGGAGACAAGGAGAGAGGAGAGGAGACAAGGAGAGAGGAGAGGAGACAAGGAGAGAGGAGAGGAGACAAGGAGAGAGGAGAGGAGACAAGGAGAAAGGAGAGUUGUCGCACAGGCACAAACCACACCUCUACGGAAUCGGCUCGGCCAGCUGA